CGCGCUUUGGAUAUGUGAAACAUCUGCACCGUCGUCCCAUCCCCUUUUCGGAACCGAUGAUGAAAUAGCCCUACCCUCCCUCCUGCUGGGACUGCUGGCGGGUACCGCAACCGACUAGAUACCCGGGCCGAUAAGGUUGGGUUGGGCUGGAACCAAACUCUGCUCGCUCCCUUUGGAACCUUCAAAAGUCUUCAAUUGUCCUGAUUUCUGAAGACCGGAGCGUCUGCUGGUCGUGUCCUUCAACCCCUUGUUGCAGCCGUCGGAGACCAGCGCAUUCAGCAGGCCUGUUUCGCAACAUGCCGAACACGAUCCUCUCCCAGCGGGCUCGCGAUGUCGCGUCCGCAUCCAACAACCUCAUGUGGGACAUUAUGCGCAACCCAUGGUGUCCGACGACAAAGCCCAAUGGCUAUGUCAACGUGGGCGUGGCGGAGAACGCGCUGAUGCACGACUACCUGCUGGAUUACAUCAACACCGAGCUGGAUCUUCCAGCCAAAUACCUCACGUACAACGACGGGGGCAUCGGGUCAGAGCGCCUCCGACGCGCCGUGGCAGGCUUUCUCAACAAACAUCUCCAGCCCAUCCAACCGAUCACCGGCGACGACGUCGUGAUCACCAACGGGGUCUCCGCCGCCAUCGAGCACGUCUCAUGGGCCUUCACCGACCCGGGCGAAGGGAUCCUCCUAGGAAGACCCUACUACGGCACCUUCAUCCCGGACAUGUCGCUACGGCCCGGCGCCGUCGUCGUCCCGGUCGAAUUCGGCGACUGCGACCCCUUCAGCCUGCCCGCCGUAGACCGAUACGAGGCCGCACUGCUCGAGUUCCAGCAAAAGACCGGCCGGAAAGUCCGAGCCCUGAUGCUGUGCCACCCUCACAAUCCCCUCGGACGCUGCUACCCCCGGAGCACACUGGUCCAGCUCAUGCGACUGUGCCAGAAGUACCACAUCCACCUCAUCAGCGACGAGAUCUACGCGCUCUCCGUGUGGGAAAACACCGUCGACCCGCAACCCGCCGCCGUGGCCUUCGAAUCGGCCCUCUCCAUCAACACCUCCCGGCUCAUCGACCCCAGCCUCGUCCACGUGCUCUGGGGCAUGAGCAAGGACUUCGGCGCCAACGGCCUGCGAAUCGGCGCCAUCGUCUCCCAAAACAACCCGGCCCUCCACCUCGCCCUCAAGGGCGCCUCGCUCUACAGCUACCCGUCCUCCGUCUCCGAACACCUCGCGUCCCUCGUCCUCGAAGACACCUUCUUCACGAGGCGCUACAUCCAGCUCAACCAGCAGAAGCUGUCGGAAUCGUACGCCUUCGCCGUCCAGCACCUCCGCAGCCAGGGCAUCGAGUACGCGCCGGGCGCCCACGCCGCCUUCUUCCUCUGGGUCAACCUCGGCCUGAAGUAUCGCAAGCUGCACCCGGUAGAGACGGCGCAGAUGGACGGCGAUGCGAUCGCCGAGAAGGUCAUGGAGCUGCUUCUGCGCCGGAAGGUCUUCCUGGCCACGGGCGCGCUGUUUGGGUCCGAGUGUGGCGGGUGGUUCCGGAUCGUGUUUUCCCAUCGGAGGGAGUAUCUCGAGGAGGCGCUGUGGAGGAUCGUGCUGGCACUGAAUGAUGUAUAAACCUGUC